GGCACAAGGAGCGGCCGGGGCGGAGCGGCCUCGUCCCGGCCCCAUCCCGGGGCCUUCCGGGGUAUCCCGGCCCGGCCCGCCGUGAUCCCGGUGUGAUUCCCGGGGAAUCCCGGCCUGCUAUGAUCCCGGUGUGAUCCCGGUGUGAUCCCGGCUCGGCCCGGCGUGAUCCCGGCCCGGUGUGAUCCCGGUGUGAUCCCGGGGUAACCCGGCCCCGUCCCGGUGUGAUCCCUCUGGAAUCCCGGGGUAUCCCGGCCCCGCCGCCAUGGGGAAGAAGGGGAAGCGCGACAAGAAGGGGAAAGGCGCCGAGAAGACGGCGGCGAAGAUGGAGAAGAAGGUGUCCCGCAGAGCCAAGAAGGAGGAGGAGGAUCUUGAAGCCCUGAUAGCAGAAUUCCAGAGUUUGGAUGCUAAAAAGACACAAGUAAUUGAGUCAUCCUGCCCACCCCCCUCACCCAGGCUGAACUGCUCCCUCUGUGCUCACCCCGAGAGAGACGAGCUGAUCCUUUUUGGAGGUGAAUAUUUCAAUGGCCAAAAAACCUUCCUGUACAAUGAGCUGUACAUUUACCACAUCAGGAAGAACAGCUGGGCCAAACUGGAGAUUCCCAACCCACCCCCGAGGCGUUGUGCUCACCAGGCAGCUGUGGUGCCCACGGCUGGGGGGCAGCUCUGGAUCUUCGGGGGGGAGUUUGCCUCUCCCAACGGGGAGCAGUUCUACCACUACAAGGAUCUCUGGGUCCUGCAUUUGGCCACCAAGACCUGGGAGCAGAUCAAGGCACCGGGAGGGCCCUCUGGACGAAGUGGACACCGGAUGGUUGCGUGCAAGAGGCAGCUGGUCAUCUUCGGAGGUUUCCAUGAGAGUGCAAGAGAUUACAUCUACUACAACGAUGUGUACGCCUUCAACCUGGACUCCUUCACCUGGAGCAAGCUGGCUCCAGCAGGGAUUGGGCCUGCUCCAAGAUCUGGCUGUCAGAUGACUCCCACUCCCGAGGGCAACAUCAUCAUCUAUGGAGGCUACUCCAAACAGAGGGUCAAGAAGGAUGUGGACAAAGGCACCCUGCACACGGAUAUGUUCCUGCUGAAGGCUGAAGGGGCAGGCAAGGAGGAAGACAGGUGGACCUGGAGUCGGCUCAGCCCCUCUGGAGUGAAACCCACUCCCAGGUCCGGCUUUUCCGUGGCUGCUGCUCCCAACAACCGCUGCCUCCUUUUUGGGGGGGUGCACGAUGAGGAGGAGGAGGAGAGCAUUGAAGGGGACUUCUUUAAUGACAUUUAUUUCUAUGACAUCGGGAAGAACCGCUGGUUCCCUGCACAGCUCAAGGGCCCGAAAUCAGAGAAGAGGAAGCGCAGACGUGGCAGACAGGCUGAGGCAGCGGCUGCUGGGGAGGAGGAGCUGCAGCUGCCGCCUCCCCAGGGUCCCCUGGAGAUCGUCAAGGAGGUGGUGGCAGAAGAUGGCACCAUCAUGACCAUCAAGCAGGUGAUCCCUGGAGCUGCAGAAGACAAGGACAGGUCUGCUUCAGAGGAGGAGGAGGAGGAGGAGGAGGAGGAGGAAGGUGGAGCCCUGGGGCAGCCCGUGGAGCCGUGCCCACGCUCCAAUGCCAUGGUGGCAGUGAAACACGGGGUCCUCUACGUGUACGGGGGCAUGUUCGAGGUGGGCGACCGCCAGGUGACCCUCAGUGACCUGCACAGCAUCGACCUGCACAGGAUGGACGAGUGGAAGGUGCUGCUGGAGAUGGAUCCAAAAACCCAGGAAUGGCUGGAGGAGUCGGAGUCGGAUGAAGAGGAGGAUGAUGAUGUGGAAGGUGCAGAGGGAGGGGAGGAGGAAGAGGAGAGCUCUGAAGAGGAGAGUGAAGAUGAGGAAGCCCUGCGCCUGGAAAAGGAAAGGAAAGAAAAGAGGAAGCAAAACUGCGACAGGAGGGAAACAGACCAUGGACAUGUUGGAAGCUGGAAUAUACAUCCUGCAUUACAAAGUGCAAAAUACUACAUGCUCAGAGCCCAAGCAUGAUGUCUGAAACAGUCCACAGCAAGAUGUAAGAGACAAACCCACCACCCUCUCCCUCCUCUCUGGGACCUGCUCCAGGUGCUCCUCCCCAGGUGCCUUUGAGAAACAGUUGGAUUUUGGCUUGGUUUUGUUUUAUUGUCAUCCUCAGUGGAUUGGAAUUGAGCCCUCUGUCCCCUGUCCCUCCCCACCCUGCUCCCUGUGCACACGUUUUGGGAUGGGCUGGGAUGCUCCUCACCAGCACAGCACCAUCAGCCACUCCAUCCGUGCUGCUGGAGGUGCCUCCAAGGUUUUGGUUGUUUUUGGGGAAUCCAGGUACACAUUUUUAGCCAGGAGAAAUUGGCUGGGAAUUAAAAGUAGCUCUGGGUGGUUUUCCAGCCUUGCCUGGGGUGAGGAGCAGCCUGGGGAGGAGGAGUGAAGGCAGGAGGGUGGUGGGGCUGCUGCUCACACCUCGUGUUCCCUAUUCCCCCCCUGCCCCAAGGAAGUUUGCAAAAAGCCAAUUUUGGUUUUAAAAACAAGGAUCAAAAUGGGGCCUGUUCUCCCAUUUCCCAUCCAGACAGGGUUCAUUCCUUCCCCAUGCUCCUUCUCUCCUCCUCCUUACAGCAGCAUUCCUCCAUUUCCAAAGGGACAAAAGCCUGAUUUUGCUUUUCUCUCCCAUUUAUCAUUAAAGCUGUUACGGAUUUCCCUGGGAAUCUCAGCCUGGAGCAUCCCAGAGCCCAUCCCCACUCCACUCAAACUCUCCCCAUGGUCCCCUCGUCUCAUCUCCAUUUUGGGGUUCAUUGCUGUUGUUACAAAGACAAAUUUUUUUGGGGGGUUGGGGGGGUGAGGGGAAGGGAAACAAGGUUUUUCUUUUGUUGGGAUUCCUUCUCAUCCUUCCCAGUGUUGGGGGGGCAGAGUGUUGAUAGCAUUUUGCCAUGCCACACAGCAUAGUGUUAUACAAGCAAAGAAUUUUGGCUAAAAUCCAAAAAACAUUACCCAGGAAAAAAAGGCAAACUGUGAGUGAGACUCGAUCGUUUGUUGUUCUUCUGUGAAAAGACUUGGAAAUUGUUGGAGGACAGUUCGAGUUACGAUUUUUCCCUUUGUUUUGUAUUUUUUUGUUGUUGUUGUUUGUAGUUGUUUGGUUCUGGUUUUUUUUUUUUUGUUUUGUUUUUGUUGGUUGUUUUUUUUCCCCCAUUCAUACAUGUAACUGUUAUUUUUGCAAACAAGACAGUCUUGAAUUAGAUGAAAAAGUUAAUAAACAAAAUGGCGACUCCAA